AUGGCUAGGACGCUGGGAAGGACCAUAGCAGCUCCGCUGCUGUCGGUCAACCUGAUCAUGUACAUAAUAGUUGUGGGCUUCGCCAGUUGGAGCCUAAACUACUUCAUUAACGGCCAGACUAACUACCCCGGGGUGGCUGGAAACAGUGCGACUUUCUACUUCCUUGUGUUUGCCAUCCUCGCCGGGGUAGUCGGAGUUGCGUCGAAGCUUGCUGGUGCCUACCACAUUCGCGCAUGGAGGAGUGAUAGCCUUGCUGCUGCCGCCUCAUCCUCCAUCAUUGCAUGGGCUAUCACUGCUUUGGCUUUUGGGCUGGCAUGCAAGGAGAUAAACAUAGGAGGAUACAGAGGGUGGAGGCUGAGGGUGUUGGAGGCAUUCAUCAUAAUCUUGGCUUUCACCCAGCUGCUUUACGUGUUGCUUCUCCAUGCGGGGAUGCUCAGCAGCAAGUACGGGCCGGGCUAUCGUGAUCCUGACUAUGGCAUGGGAGGAGGCGCUGGUCCGGGAGCUGAGCCCAAGGGAACCAGGAUCUAAUCCAAGCCCAUGCUGGCGCCAGGUCGAUAGUCGGGCCUAAGAGCACCAGAAUCUAAUCAAGUGUUAGCGAUCUUCUACAAUUCUCUAAGCAUGCAGUUCCUUUACAUAUUUAGUAGGAUCAGUAACAAUAAUCGCCUAGUUAGUUCUCUGUGUGAUCUCUUUCGAUUGUCUUGGUGUUAUUGUAAAGCUUUUCACAUCCGCACUA